AGAUCUUUAUUACAGAGAACAUCCAGUUUGACCUGAUGUGUGUAUCCUAUGGAUUAAUCAUUAUCCAGUUCUUUCUGCAGUUUUUCUCUGAACCUGUCAUUCUACAAUAUGACAUUCACAUUUCAACCAAGGUAUGUUAUCAGCAUAAAGUAUUAUUUUAUCAGCCUCACUUUUUAUACUCCACUACCCAUAUAAGUUAUAUCUAAGAUAGGGACAUUUUUUUCUGUGCCAAAAAUUCAACCUUAAUCCUUUUUUUUUCAUAUUUCAGAAAUCUAGUCCUGAAAUCAAAGCAUCUUUCCCAUCGAAAGUCACAUUUCACUGGAUGACUAGGUCUCAGGAUAGUUUAGUUUCUGAAACUUGAGAACCAAUUUAGCUUGAUUUGUAAUUUUUUAAAGAUUUUCAAUCCGCUAUAGCUAUAUGACAGAAUCUUUCUUUUCAUGUUGAAUAUUUAAAAAAUAAUUUUUAUAAAAAAGCAAUAUUACUUGAGCAUUGAACGCUCAAAUUUAGUUGUAUGACAAAGAGUUUUAGGCCUUUAACUAUAUAAAAAUCAAUAGAAUAAAUAAUUAAAAUCAAAUAGAUGAUAGUAUACCCUACCUGUAUAAAAUCUGAGAAUACCUAAUGUAGGCAUAUUAUUUAAAUAAGCUGAGUAUUUUUAUACUACAAUUCCCUUGCAGCUUCAUUUGGCAGGGCUACCGGAAGUCAUUAACUCCUGAAGAUAUCUGGGAACUUCCAGAUUACCUCAAGUCCCGCCAUAUUGUGCCAGAGUUUCAAAAGGCUUGGGACAAGGAGAAACACAAAAUCUACCUAAGGAUUAAGUAAAUUUCAUUUUCACCCAUUUUAUCCUCUAAAUGGUGCAGCUCUGUUCUCAUCUGAACUUUUUUUAAUAUGUAAGAUAUAUGUGUCUUAUAUCUGUUGUUUCAAUAGCAAGGAUGUAUUUCACCCAUAUCUGUUGUUUCAAUAGCUAGCAUAAAUUUGUCCACUAUUUGGUAUUGGUCAUAUCUUUUAAUCUGUUAAUUAUUGUAGAUUAGAGUUAACAACAUGAUAGAGGUUGUUAACUACUAUUGGCAGCAUUCAUUUUCAGUUGUUUUUUUUUUAAUUUUCAUGAUACAUUCUGAUCAAUCUGUGUUAAGAGUGGUACAAGUUGAAUUUUACAAAGUUAAAUUUAUAUUAAAUGUUACUUUACUGAAAUUACAACCAAAAAAAACAAUCUUUAAAAAAAGGUAAAAAUAAUAAUGUUCAUCUUUUUCAUCAAAAGUUUUUUUUCUUAAUUUUUUUUAAAAAGUUUGAUUAAAUCAAUGAAUAAUUUUUGUAAUAUUUAAGUCUGAAAAUAUAAUCUUACUAUCUAACCUUUGUUAUAAAAAGACAGCUGACAUCUGGUGGCCUUUAUGAUGACUUAUCAGGGGAAACUACUCAUCUUUUAAAAGUUCAGCCAAAGAUGUCAAAUAUUCCAAAGCUCUCUCCCUCUUUGUUGAAGGCUCUGUUUAAAACUUAUGCUCCAGAACUUCUUCGGGCCCAUGCAAUGAGACUGGGUGCCGAUUCACUGCAAUUUGUGCUUCCAAUUCUCACAAAGUAGGUCAUUACUAAGUCUCUUUAAUCUUCUAUAACUGUAGCUCAAGACAUAACCAUUCAUCAUGAGAAUAUACAAAGUGUUGCAUUAGAUGCUAGUGGCCAGCAUUCGAAUCAUACUUGGGUGCCUACAGUAUUUAAUGAUAUAAAAUAAAGUUAUGAAUUUUGAAAAUAAUAUUAAUUUAAUGGACUUUUUAUAAUAAAAUUUAAAAUCCUUAUUGCACCGUGGAUUAAACCAUGGACUGUUGUGUUAAAAAUCUGAGACUUUUUUCCUUUUUAAAAAUAAAAAAUAUUACAUAAUAUUAGUGCAUUUUAAAAGGAAAUGUACAAGUGAAAUUACAAGGAAAUUUUACAACUAUUUUUAAAAUAUCCUAUGCAUAUUUUAAUCCUAUUUGGUUGAGCAAUAUCCAAUUCAUCCCGGUUACAAUGCAACCAGCCUGGUCAAAACAAACAUAGUUAUUCACCCUAAAAAGUUUGAUAAUUUCAUGCUUUUUUCAUGUCAUUCUAAAUUAACAUGCAGUAUUUGAUUUUGAACUUGGUAAAAAUAAUCAAUAUAUUCUCAAAUUUUCUAAAUUAUAGAAAUUUAAUAGAUUUCUGAAUUUAAUAAUUUUUUUAUAUAGUAAGAGCUGCAAGAACAUUGAUGAUUGUUUAACAUAAGGUUGGUCUCCCUUAAACAGCUUGCUGAUAGGUUUUGUAGAGACAAGAGAGAGACACACAGCCU